UUUCCUUUUUUUUAAAAAAAAUGCUACUUUUAGCAGUAUAUAAUAUAGCAACUUUCCUCUCUGAAACAAACUAUACUUCAGCAUGCAAGCAAAAAUAUAAACAAAUGCAGUCUUGAUCAUAAAUGGCUAGCGAUCGCACGCGCACGCUUCCACACACGCCAUGUGAAAUUCGGGCGUGCUCUUUAUCACACGCCUUGUUCUACUUCGUACACACGCCAAGCAGAAGUGAGCUAUAUUAGAGUAACCCCUCACCCAAAUUUUACCCAAUACAUAUAAUUGUUCUUUCGCGUUAAAAUGUAUCUCUAAAAUGUAUUUCUAUUAAAUACCCACCUUCAUUAAAAUUGCUGACGUGAGAUUUGUUUUUCAGCUGGCAAAAAAUUUCGUCAUUAACCUUGUAUUGCUCUCCUUAGGACGAUGACAAAUAGAAAUGAAAUGCAAGUCCUAUUGACCUACCUUCCCAAUGGUGUACUUCUUAAGUUAAUAGUUCUGUCCCAACUAGCUCUCUAUGUUUUAAGAUAAACUGAUUAGGAAAUAAGUUGUACACGUGCCAUUUACAAACUGAAGGUCAGGGCAUCAUUAAGUUGAAUAUCGCAGAAGUCGUCAUGCUUCGAAAAUGCUUGUCACAGGCACAGUUCAAUGCAAAGCAAAACUGUACAGGAGACUCAAUUGAUAGAGUCUUCGCAGAACAUCUCUUCUUACAAAACCAAGGGCAGGGCUGACUUAUUGCCUGCUGUGUCGUGUGGGAGACAGAACUUUUGGACUUCUUUUUAAUACGAUAUACAAUUUUUUUCGAUUAUUAUUACUAAACAUAUUUGAUUUCUCUAUCUCCUUUUAAAAUGAUUUUUUAAACUUUAUUGAACAUGUUUUCUCUUUUGUAUUAUUACAUUACAAGAACAUUCGUCCGAAAUCUGUAUUAAGGUACAGGACACCUAACCUCUCCCAUGUUCUGGUUAUAUUUAACUUGCAUGGGUGCGCACUCUUCUUGCAGUAUUCUCUGUGACAAUGAAGGUCGGACUGACUUGUGGCAUGGUUCUAAAUGGUUUUUCGUCUUUCGUUCGAGUCUCAGUGUAAUGCACCAGUUGAGCAUAAGAGUGUCAGCAUGAAGAAAAGGAGCCAACUUUAAUGUUCUCUAUACCUUACGUUCUUCAUAAUAACACUAUUCAUUUAAAUUUCACAACAAAAUUACGUCGGCAAUUUUUUUGCUAACUACUAUGCUUCAAAAACUCCACGCUGCCGCUCUCCUGAAUGUAAUAAUUGCACGCCAAAAUCAUAAGCUAAGCGUGCGAUACUGAUCGCACGCCUGUAUUAGUGUAAAGGUACACACGCGGGUGCAAAUAUUCAUGACCAAGACUGCAAAUGAGACGUAUAUAUACCAAGUUAUAGAGCAAACCUGUUCAACACUUCUCCUGCACUGACCUCACACAACAUAUAGAUUUUGUGAAGCUGAACCUUUGAAAAUUUAGAAAUGACUGUAAUUUGCACUGUAGUUAGUUUGUCAAUUUCCAACCUCCUUUCCAGAGCCUGUUGUCUCUUUUUUGUACCUAGACAGCAAAACAUGCUUUUCUAAUAGUUUCUCAAUUUUCUAUCAGGAAUUAGAGUACUGUGUGUGAUGAAAGACAUUGCAUGGGUUGUAAUAACUAAGAAAACAUUUUCUUCAAACACAAAACUAGAAAAGUGAAAAAUUGCUCAUGUUAAGGCGUAGUUCUAUAGGCCACACACCAUUUUUAUCCAUAUUUACAGCCUGAUUCUAUUGCAGUUUGAAUUUAGGCAGGUACUAAUGUUAUUUUGGAUUUAAAAACAGUAAAUCAUGGCUGAAGAUAUUGAAACAGCAAAGGCUGAUGCUCUUUUAAAGGCUUCAAAAUACAUAGCUGGUUGUUUAACGACUCCUGAUCAGUUGGAUAAAGUUGGACAAAUACGACGCAAAGUUCUUCGAAACAAGGCUGCAGUUGACUCAAGGUUAAAAACAGCUGUUCAGUCACAAAUAGACGGCAUUCGUUCAGGCUUGCAGGAACUAAACAGCUCUCAAGAUGAUAUUGGUCACAUAAAGAAACUGCUGUCUGAAGUUUCCGAAAUAUUUAAUGAAUGUGAACCACUAAAUACAAAAUUAAAAAAAGUUCAAAUUGCUCACGAAAACCAUACUAGAUUAGCAAAAACAAACUCACAUCUAAAGUUGAUUUUCAAUGUACCCGAAACGAUCAAAACAACUAAACAGCUGAUUAAAGAUGGAAAAUUAUUGCAAGCUCACAAAAAUAUAAUGGAAUUAGAAUCCACUCGAGAUGAUCUGCUUUAUGAAGUUUUCAAAAUUUCAGAAGACGAUGAAAACAGAGAUGAAAAAAUUGCCCAAUCACCAUUAUACAUGUACUUUGAUGAAGUUUCAAAUCUCUCAAAUGCAUUAUUAAAGCAAAUCAUGACAAUAAUUGAUCGCACAUUAUCAUUUGCAAGAAGUAAACCAUUGGAACUUGUCUCUUCAUUGAGAAUAAUUGAACGAGAAGAGAGAUGUGACCAAAGAGCUUUGGAACAAGAAAAGAAAACAAAAUUUUUACCCCCUGGUCGUCCAAAUUCUUGGAAAGGUAGAUGUAUUGCAUCUAUCCGGAAGAGUGUUGACCGAAGAUUUGAUAGCAAUCAAAUUGAGCUUCAAGAUAAAGACGAUAAAAUGUGGCUGGUGAAGCAUCUUGAACGAAUGAGAGAAAUGAUACUUGAGGAUCUGCUUUCUGUCAAGCAUUUAGUGCGUCAAUGUUUUCCUCCCAGUUACAAAAUAUUUAAAACUUACAUUGUUACAUAUCAUGAAGCCACGUCAAGAACUCUGGAACAUUUUGCAUUGAAUCAAAACCAUGACCGACCAAAUGAGUGUGUAACACUUCUAAACUGGAUUAACGAAUACGACGGACCAGAUCUUUUAGGUCAUGAAGAGCUUAAAGAAUUUGUAGAGGGUUUUAAAGAUGAGUUGGAUCCAAUUUUGAGUUAUGGUGUUGUGGAAAGUUUGAUGGAGAUGUAUGUGAGUACUACUGAACGAAACAUACAGAACUGGCUUGAAAAGAUGUGUGUUUCUGAAAGUCAGGAUUGGAACCAAGACAAGCUUCCUGAAACUGACACCGAGGGAUAUUUCCAAACAUCACUUCCGAUUAUUUUGUUUCAAAUGCUUGACCAAAAUUUACAAGUUGGUGCUUUCAUAGAAAGAGAUGUCAAAUUGAAGAUACUUGACAUAUGUGUGAAGUCUUUAGAAGAUUUUAUUCCCACUAUGAGAACUGCCAUUUUGAAUUUUAAAAGCAAAUAUUACGAAAACAGAGCGUCCAUACGAUACUUUGAACCAUAUAUGGUAUCAGUAGCAAAUAAUGCUCUGUUGAUUGCAGAAUUCUCUGAACAAAUGAAAAAUCAAAUGAGAGGCGAUCUUGGUGAGGAGACGUUUGGGCAGAACAGAGUACAGAAUUUUGAUAAAAUGAUCAAGGGUUACAAAGAUCUAUCAACAGAAGUAUGUGGCAUGCUCCUGGAUGGUGUGUUUGUCGACCUCGAUCCACAUUUACAAGAAUUAAUGACUCGCAAGUGGUGGACUUCACCAGUAAUAAUCGCGACAGUAAUCGCAACUUUCGAAGAUUACGCGAACGAUUAUGUUCAUCUUAAGCCUGAAGCGUUCAAUUAUUUGAUGAAAACAGCCGAAGUAAAAGUAGUCACCGAAUAUGUUCGUGCAAUACUCUCCAGGCGAAUUAUAUUUCGAAACUUCGAAGAGCGAAAAGAAGGGGCUGCGCAGAUCUUAGAGGAAGGAAAAAAGUUAGCUGAAGCUUUUACUCGGUUAGCCAAACUACCAGAGUUUGAAAAUUCACCAUGUGUCUUGUUGAAAUCCUGCGCAGAAGUGUUGCGCAUAAAAAGUACAGAUGUCGUUUCAUUAGAAGUUUCUGGACUGGCAACUACGUACCCUGACUUUCGUUCUGAUCACGUGUUGGCUCUUCUUGCGGUUCGUGGAGACAUGGGAAGGACUGAGAGUUUGCAAUUGAUAGCCGACUUAAAAAUACGAGAAGUUGAUGAAACUCCGCCAGAUCAGAAAAAUGAUGUAAUAUUUGGCAGAAUCACUCCUGCUGGAUCUGUCCUCGAAUCAUUAGAAUCCAGAUUCAAAAAAUAAUUACCUUUGUAUAUUAAUAUUUUUAUUUUUUUUAUAUAGAUAUAAAAUCUCAUUUAUUUUACAUACACAUAAAUAUAGAACUUCGUUGCAAACCCGGUGUAAAAGUUUCACCAUUCGAAUUGAUGAGUCACAUAAAGAACUUGCUUUGUUAUAUAAAGAUAAAAAAAGAGUAAAUUUAAAAAGAUCUAAAUUGUAAAAAUAACAAAAUAAUAAAAGAAAGUCAAAAUUUUUA